AUGAGGGCCCGUCGCAUUUUCGCAUCCGCGUUGGUGGUUGCAGGCUUUGCCGCUGGCAUGCCGACGUCAACGGACGCCAGCAAUAGCAGCUUGAGCAUCAAGAACAGUAACAGCACCUUGAAUAACAAUGACACCUUGAUCAUCAAGCCCACCAACAGCACCAACAGCACCAGCAACAGCAACAGCAACAGCAACAGCAACAGCAACAGCAACAGCAACAGCAACAGCAACAGCAACAGCAACAGCAACAGCAACAGCAACAGCAACAGCAACAGCAGCAGCAACAGCAGCAGCAGCAGCAAUACCACCAAGUACAGCGAGAGCGAAAGGAAGAAGAUGCACCAAGAACUCGAAGAUCCCGUACGCGGGUUCGCCUGGAUAGAUGACCCGGAGGCAGGCAACAUCACCUUGAACAGCUCUGUUUUCCGUACAGCCUCCAGAAUCCCCAAUAACUCGUGGAAGGACAAGAGCCUCUUCGUGACAGAUACUUUGGAAGACUACCCCUUGGAAAAGCCUCCCAAGCCUGAACUCCAGUGCCUCGAGUCCAAUCAUUGGCCUGCCUUCCCCCGUAUGAGCUGGCAGUUCAAGGGAUACUGCGAGGAGGAAUACGGGCAGUGCUUCCUGCGAGCUCUGCGCAAACGUGGAGCCAUCGUCCACAACUGGCAGUGUUGGAAGCGCGAUGACGGGUGGUGGCAGGCUGACUACACCCAUAUCCAUGCCUAUCUUGCUGUCAUUCCCGUAAUGGACGAGGCGCUUGCUGAGAUCAUCGGAUAUGAGCCACACUGCGAAUAA